UCAUGAGCUCUCUAUCUGCAACCAAUAGUAAAGAUUUACAAGUAAACCAGAAACACACAAAACCCUUAUUUAAAAAUGGCAGUGAUGAGUCACGACAAAGCAGCAGGCAGGCUAUACGAGUCAGCUAACACUCGGCCAAUUCCUUACUCACAAAUUGUUGGCCAAGAGAACGGAGGAGACGAUGACGAUGACGACAGUGACGUGGCUCCAGCGGCUUAAUCAUGCGUAUUUAUAAACAUAAAUAACUAUCAGUUAAGUAAGUAGUAAUUGUGCUUCUUAUCUUAGAACCACACACACAGAUCAUGCCUGUAUUUAUCCAUGUCGCAAGCAGGCUUUAGUAUUUAUUACAUAAACAACAUUUUUGACUUUGGAGUGUUGAGAGACUUAGCUAGAUUUAAGUAAUAAUAUUAUGUAUCGGGUGUCUAUUACUUACGAAUCAUGAAGUGAUAAUAUUACAUUGUAUACACAA